AUGGGCCGUAUAAAUGUUAUCAUAUGGCUUCAAUUUCUUUUUUUUUAUACAUUUACAACUAUAUUAGCUUAUCAAUCGUCCGAUUUUUUUCCAUUCUAUUCUCAAAAUGAUACAAAUACAUUUGUUGAUCAAGAUGAUGGUCUAUUCAUUUAUGAUCAACAUGGACAAGUUGACAAUGAUGUUCCUCUUAAUCAUUCUAUUCGACGUCGACAAGUUCCAUUGAAUAUUAUAACAUCACAACUGGCACGAAUGCCAAUAGUACCAUCAUAUAUUGUUCUAGGUCCACGUAUAAUUCGUCCUGCACAAUUAGUUGCAUUAAGUGUAACAAUUUUUCGUGAUGAGUGGAAUCCAAUGAUGGUUAAAGCUUUAAUAUCUAAUGAUGAUAUGGAUGUUGCUGCAGCUGAAGAUUUAUUUAUCGUUGGUGUACCACGUACAUUAGAAAUGCGUAUACCAAAUAAUGUUCGUAGUAGUACAUAUCGUUUAACACUUGAAGGAAAAUUAUUAACAGGUGAACAAAAAUUUUAUAAUGUUUCACAAUUAAUAUUUGAACAAAAAGCAGUAACAAUACUUAUUCAACUUGAUCGACCUGUUUAUCGUCAUGAAACAGUUGUACAAUUUCGUUGUAUACCUAUUUAUCCAGAUCUAAGUGGUUAUUUUCAUACAGUUGAUGUUUAUAUACUUGGUCCAUCUGGACAUAUUUUGCGUAAAUGGGAAAAUCAACAAACAACCGCUGGCAUGGUUUCACUUGAAUAUCCAAUUAAUGAUGCACCACCAGAAGGUAUUUGGUCAAUAAAAUGUCGUGUUAUGGGUUAUGAAGCAAUAAAAACAUUUGAACUUUAUGAAUUUUAUGCAAGAAAAUUUGAAGUUAAUGUUACUGUUCCAUAUUAUUUACCAACAGAUACACCUGGUGUUGGUGGUAUUGUUACAGCAAAUUAUUCUACAGGUAUGGGUGUACUUGGUUAUGCACGAGUUGUUGUUCGUGCACGUGAUAUGUCUGUUCCAUAUGAUCCACGAGCUAGUCCAUUAAAAGAUGUUGAAUUUGAUCAUUCAACACCAUCAUUUGUAACAACCAUUGAUGAUUUUAAUGGUGUUGCUGGUUUUUUUAUUCCAAUAGCUACUAUUCUUAAACUUGUACCUGAAUUAGAUGGAAAAGAAAUUUUAAUCACAGCACUUGUUCAUGAUCCAUGGUGGAAUGAAACAAAUAAUGGUACAACUGUUGUUUCAUUUUAUCGACCUGGUGUACGUCUUCAAUUUCUUGGUGGUCCAUCAAUGGUAUUUAAACCUCGUAUGUUAUUUACAACAUAUGUUGCUGCUAUUAAUUAUGAUGGUACAAAAUUUCCACCUGGUCCUAAUCGAUUUAUUCGUAUAUAUACAGAUACUGAUCUUGGUCAAGCACAACCACCAGCUGAUUAUAUACUUGAUUCAACAGGUAUAGUUCAACAUCAAUUUUUAGCACCUGGUGAUCCUGGUGUUACAUUUAUACGUCUUCGAGCUGAAUUAUAUGAUAAUAAUAUUAAACUUCAAGAUAGUGAUGAUGAACAACGUGCUAUACGUUAUUUAUCACCAUCAAAUAGUUAUUUACAAGUAACAUCAAGUACUGAAACACCACGUGUUGGUGAUUUUAUGUUAUUUCGUGUUAAUAUAACACAAUAUGUUGAUUUUGUUUACUAUCAUAUAACAUCAGGUGGACGAUUAAUUUUUACAAAUAUACUUCCAAUGGAUGGUGCUAAACAAAAAACAUUUGAUGUUGGUGUUAGUCGUGAAAUGGCACCAUCAGCACAUAUACUUGUUUAUUAUAUACGUUAUGAUGGUGAAAUAGUUGCUGAUAGUAUGAAUUUUCAUGUAAAUACAUCAUCAGUUACAAAUCGUGUUAAUAUAACAAUAAAUCGACGAAAAGAUUUUACAGGUAAUACAAUUGAAGUAUUAGCAUAUGCAUCACCACAAUCAUUUGUUGCAUUUGCUGGUCUUGGUCUUGUACAAACACGUUUAUUUCCACCAGGAAAUCAUUUUACUCCAGUUAUGAUUUAUGAUGAAUUAUAUUCAUUUGAUCAAUAUUCAUCAACAAGUUUUCAACAUACAUGGUAUUCAGAAAUUAAUAUACCAUCAAAUAGAGUUUUUUUUCCAUCACAAUCUUAUGGUUAUGAUGCUGGUUCAACAUUUAAUUCAUCUGGUAUGCAAAUAUUUACUGAUGUUAAUGUUAAAGCUAUAGAAACAGCAUGUAGUCAAAUGGGUGCAAUGCAAUGUACAGAUGGUUUAUGUUAUCCACCAGCAUUAAGAUGUAAUGGUGUUCUCGAUUGUCGGGAUGGUUCUGAUGAAGCUAAUUGUAAUUUGACAAGAACGACUCAUUAUGAUUUUACACCAUUAUAUCGUCGUUUAUGGCCAUAUUGGGAACGUGAAUUACAACUUGAUUUUAUGUGGCAUCAACAAUUUGCUUAUCCUGAUGGUCGUGUACAAUUUCGUGCAACAGUACCAAAUGUAAUUGCAACAUGGGUUAUAACAGCUGUUGCUAUAAGUCGUUUAACAGGUUUUGGUGUUGUUGAUGUACCAUCUAUAUAUGAAGGUACUCGACAAUUUUUUAUUAAAGUUGAAGUUCCACCUAUUGUUCGACUUGGUGAACAAAUUGGUGCACGUGUUGAUGUUUUUAAUUUUCAAACAUAUCGUAUUGAAGCAUUAAUUAUUUUACAUGCAUCAGAUAAUUAUCGUUUUGUUAAUAUUGAUGAUAAUGGUGUUGUUACAUCUUUUGCACCAAAAUUAACUGAUGGACAACAUCAUGUUUUAGUUAUUUUAUAUCCAAAUGAAGUACGAAGAUUAUAUCUUCCAUUUGUACCUAUUGUUGCUGGUGAAAUAGAAGUAUUGAUUGAAGGUAUAACUGGUGUUUCACGUGAUUUUUAUCGUGAAUUAAUUAAAGUUAAUUAUGAAGGUGUACGUAAUUUUUAUCAUACACCAACUGUAUUAUCAUUAAAUAAUUUACCUCGACAAAUGAAUGAAUAUGAUGUAACUGUACCUCAACGUUUUAUAGUUCCAUUAGAAAAUUAUUGGACUUAUGUACCUGGUUCAGCAACAUGUGAAAUAUUUGUUUCUGGUGAUGUUGCUGGUCCAUUUUUCUUAUUAGGUUAUGAUGAAUGGUUAAAUACAGAUAAUUUAAUUCAACGUACAACUGCACCAGCUGAUUCAGGAAUAUUUGAUUUUGCUAUGAUGAUUUAUAAUCUUCGUUAUAUGUUACAAGGUCAUGGUGGUCGUGCAUUUGAUCAAGAAAAACUUAUGAAAGUAUUAACAUUUGCUAAUAUGGAAUAUCUUCGUUUUAUGGCUAUGUAUCUUGGUGACAAUCCUGAUGAACCAUGGCGUAAAGGUUCAUUUAGUCAAUUUGGUUUUACAAAUGAAUCAUCUGUUUGGUUAACAUCAUGGGCAUUAAUGACAUUACGUGAUGCUAUUUAUCCUGAAUGGGAAGAAAAAGCUUUAUUUAUUGAUCCAAUUCUUCGUUCAGAUGUUGCUUCAUUUCUUAUAAAUGUUCAACAACGUAAUGGUUCAUGGACUGAAUUAGCAACACAUUUAGAUCGAAAUAAAUUUGGUGUACGUUAUACAAAUAUAAGUGGUACAUAUCAACAAUUAAAUUUAGCAUUAACAGCACAAGUUGUUAUUGCAUUACAAUUAAAUCUUGAUAUACGUGGUAUACCAGCAAAAUUAUUAACAGGUGCUAUUAAUCGUGGAAAAAUGUGGUUAGAAAGAUAUUUUCGUUUAAUUAAUGAUGCAUUUGAUAUGUCUAUUGUUACAUAUGCAUUACAUUUAACAAAUAGUGCUGAACAAGAUGCAGCAUUUUCAAUGUUAAAUUUAUUUAAACGAACAAAUGAAAAUGGAAUUUAUUAUGCAAAUGCAAAUUUACCUGGAAUGACAAAAACAUGGCCAAAUGUUAAUCCACGAUAUGGUCCAAAACCUGUACAAACAGAUUUUGAAGCACAUGCUGUUGCUGCUACAGCAUUUGUUGUUAUGACUUAUACACAAAAAGCUCGAGUUAGACAAGCUGAACAAGCUGUAUUAUGGCUUCAAUCAAUGCGUAAUUUUAUUGGUGGUUGGUCUUCAACAUAUGAUUCUUGUAUAGCUCAACGUGCAAUUGUUGGUUAUGCUGUAUUACGUGGUUUUGAAAUAACCGAUUAUAAGAUUCGUAUAGAUUUAACAUCAUCAUCAUCAAUUGAUCAUGUUCAAGCUCCACUUAUAAUUCUUGAUGAAAAUUUAAUUGAAACACAAGUUCGAGAUGUUGAAAAUGUUUUUGGUGUAGUUUAUCUUGAUGGUUUUGGUAAAGGUUAUGCACUUAUUCAAAUGCAUGUUGGUGUUAAUGUUGAAUUCGAUGACAAAGUUCGUCGUCCACAAUAUGUACCAUUUUCAAUUGAUGUUCAACCAAUGUUAUCGGGUCGUAACUUUUCAACAAUUGAUUAUAAUGUUUGUCUUGGUUGGCGUCCAGAAAAUGUUGAUGUACUUAAAGCAUCACGUAGUGGUUCAGUUAUGAUUGAAAUACAAAUUCCAACAGGUUAUCGUGUUGAAGAAAGAGAUUUAAAAAUGAUGAUACGUAGUUUUCAUACACGUAAUUUACGUGAAGCAGAAAAUUGGCCUGGACAAAUUAAUUUUGGUUUUGAUUAUGUUGAUUUUGAUCCAAUAUGUUUUGAAUUUCAAGCUAAACGUUGGAUACCUGUUGCUAAUAUAUCACGUUAUUAUGAAGUACGAGCUUACGAAUGGUUUGAACCUGGAAAUAUGAAUCGAAGUGUUUAUACAUUAAGAAAUUUAUUUUCAUUAGAUAUAUGUGAAGUUUGUGGUUCAUAUCAAUGCCCGUAUUGUCCAUAUUAUAGUCAUGCAAAAUCAUUAAUUCAAUCAACACUUAUGAUUAUAUUUAUUUUAUGUUUAUUAUUAGAAUUAUAUAUAAUUAUUAUUUAG